UCAACAUGAAAUUGUUUGUAGUGCUUGCUCUGGCUAUUGCCUCCGUCUCUGCUGGCGUCUUGCCACAGGGUGCUCCCAUGCAUCCUCGUGACUUGCCGGCCACGGCCUCAAUUGAGGGUCGUAUCACCAACGGUAAGACCGCUCAUGAGGGUCAGUUCCCCUACCAGGUGGGACUCAGCUUCUCUAGCUCCAGCGGCAGCUGGUGGUGCGGUGGCUCCCUCAUUGACCACCAGUGGGUGCUGACUGCUGCCCACUGCACCAGCGGUGCUUCAGCUGUGACCAUGUACUUUGGCGCCACCAAGCGCACCAGCGCUAAGGUCAUUCACUCCGUGCAAGCCUUCAACUUCAUCCAGCAUGCCGGCUACAACUCCGCUGUGCUGAGGAACGACAUCUCCCUGAUCAAGACUGUCCAUGUGAGCUACUCCGCUGAUGUUAGAAACGUUGAACUGCCCUCUUUGGCCAGUAGCUACAGCACUUAUGAUAACCAGAAGGCAAUUGCUUCCGGCUGGGGCAAGACUUCCGAUUCAGCUGCCGGUGUGGCCAGCACUCUGCAGUAUGACACCUUCACCGUUGUAUCUGUCGCCACUUGCCAGAGCACUUAUGGAUCCCUGGUCGCAACCUCCAAGGUUAUUUGCAUUGCCACUCCCAACAAGACUUCUACCUGCAAUGGCGACUCUGGCGGCCCAUUGGUGCUGAUCAGCGACAAUAAGCUUAUUGGUGUCACCUCGUUUGUCUCCAGCGCUGGCUGUGAGUCUGGUGCUCCUGCUGGUUUUACCCGCGUUACCAGCUACUUGGACUGGAUCAACGCCAACUCUGGCGUUUCCUACUAAACGCGCUACCAUUGAAAGACCGCAUAUAUUCCAAAUGAAUUGAUUACACAAAUUAUUGCACUAAAAUUUAAUAAUUUUAUUAUUUCAUUACAAUUACUAUACAGUUAAAAAGACAAUUCUAAAACAUGGACACAUAAGUUAGCGAUAGCAUUAAAAGCAAGUUUGCCUAUCUUGAAGCACAGGGUGAUAGCUCAUGUAUUCAAAACUGUAA